AUGAUGAUGYCCGGGCAGCCGCAGUUGCUGCUGCUGCUGUGCAUCAGCUUUGGCUGCAUUGCAGUCACAUUUGGUCAGGGUUUGGCUGUGCCCACGCGCCAGCUGCUGGCGCCCAGCCUGCGCUUUGCCGAGAGCUUCGAGAUCUUUGACGGCAACGAGGCGGACGAGGACGAGGUGGUGGGCACAGGCGAGCAGCUGCGACAGCUGCUGGGGCAGCAGCUGACCAGCGCUGUGGCACCACUGACAGCUGCACCACUCGCCGUGCUGAGCCGCCGACGGCCGGGCAUUAUGGCGCCCAGAUCAGCCACGGCUGCUCUUCAGCUCUUCGUUGACUCUGCCGAGUCCGAUGAAUCUGACGACGGCGAGGACAGCGAUGAGGCAGACAACGAUGCGGAUACGGAUACGGAUACGGACACGGAUACGGGCCCCGCCCAGCAGCCAGUGCCACAGCCCGAACAGGUUCCUCAAGAGGUGCCGCAGCAGCUGCCCCAGGAGCCGCCGCAGCAGGAUUACAAUCCAUAUCGCGACAACUUCAACGACCGCAACGAGGAUGGCAGCUACGUUUUCGGCUAUUCGCUGCCGAACGGCGUGCGCCGCUGGGAGCGUGGCUUCUUCUCCGAGCACCAGCACCACGGUCUAGUGGUCGAGGGCUUCUACGCCCAGCCACGGCACUACGGGCACAGCAUCCAAUACGAGCUGCGCUGCUAUCGCGCCGAUGCCCAUGGCUAUCAGCCGCUGGCAGUCGAGUAUCUGCAGCAGCCGCCUCGAGUGCGCCGCUUUGAGUUGCCCAAUGUGAGCUGUUUGAGCUUUAAUCGAUAACUAGACUAUCGAUCACUAUCAUAUCGAACAGAAUAACCUUAGCUAUGAAUUUCUCGUACC